UUGUGAAAUGGCUAUUUAUAAUAAUAAAUAAACUCUGUAAUAAUUGAUUCCUUGCUUUCUAGACGGAUUAAAAGAUGCUAAUUUACGAUACCCCACACCCACUUCAACUACCAUGCUCCCUUCACUUUUCGUGUACGCAUAUCUGUCGAUCUCCUCCGCCAUUACCCUCGUGAAUGCCGAUGCUGGCAAGGCCAUUUUCCUCCUCGCCGGUCAGAGCAACAUGGCAGGACGAGGCGGCGUAGUAAACGACAAAUGGGACGGUUACGUUCCUCCCCAAUCUUCCCCGAAUCCUGCAAUUCUCCGCCUGAGCGCUGAUCUCAACUGGCAACCGGCCACCGAGCCUCUCCACCGUGACAUUGAUUAUUUCAGAGCAUGCGGCGUUGGUCCGGGGAUGGCUUUUGCUAACUCGUUGUUACGGCAGGAUUCGAGUAUUGGAACGGUGGGCUUGGUUCCUUGUGCUGUCGGUGGAACCAAUAUUACGGAGUGGGCACGCGGUGGGCAGCUUUACAACCAGCUGAUCCGGCGAGCGGAGGCGGCGGUAGCAGGCGGAGGCGCCAUUAAAGGUUUGCUGUGGUAUCAAGGAGAGAGUGACACUGUGAAUCGAGAAGAUGCUGAGUUGUACCAGCGGAGAUUGGAGAGGUUCUUCGAUCACGUGCGUCAUGAUCUCGUUUUGCCUGCCCUUCCAAUAAUUCAGGUGGCAUUGGCCUCCGGUGCAGGGCCAUACAUAGAAAGGGUAAGAGAGGCUCAGUUAGGAACGUGGCUCGUGAAUUUACGAACUGUUGAUGCAAUGGGCUUGAGACUUGAACCUGAUCGGUUGCAUCUUACCACAACAUCUCAAGUAACGUUAGGGGAAAUGUUAGCCCAAGCCUUCCCUCGAGACCACCCUUCCCCUAUCAUAAGUCAAGCUUCAAGAACGCCUCCAAAUUUUAUAUAUAUAUUUUUUUGUUUUCUAUUUUUUAUUUAUUCAAAUUUAUUUUGACAUUAAACACAUCAUCAAGAUAGCAUGACUCAUUUUUCAUUUAGUGAGAGUAGCAUAUUUUUCUAAUUGUUUGAGUUUUGAAUGAAUAAUUUUAAUUCUAAUGCACAAAUUAGUAAUUUAAUACUAAAAAUUCAAUACUCUUUUU